GUGGAUGGUCGAUGGACGACCGAUGAGUAUGCAGGCAAGUUGCCGCGGCAGCUCCAGCCAGAAGCCACAGUCCGAGCGUGAGACAAAAGCCUCAACGGCUGGGUCCUGGCACACUCUCAGCUCCUCUCAGCUCCUGUCACGCCGUCUCGCCUGGCCCUGGUCCUGGCCUGGACUCGCUGGUCCAUUAUGGACGGCCAGCAAUUACGAAAACCACAAAAGCAUGGGGUCCUAGGAUUCGGAUCAUGGCCGACUCCCUCGUGUUCGUUUCCAAUGCACGAUGCAGCCGCGGCGACGGCUGCAGCAACUACGACACGAGUUUCCGAGCAUUUGCUUUUGCCUCCAUCCCAAAAACAAAGACGACAAUGCUGAGGCCUAGGCGGCCCCCAAACUUGUACUACCCAUCCUGUCGCCUUGGCUUACAGGCACACGCUGCCAGAGAUGGGUAAUGCCAACAAUGCAAGACAUUCUCUGGCUUUUCGUGCUGUGUUGUGGCUAGCAAUCGAUAGCACAGGAGCUGUUCGGUUUAGAUCAUGGAGGACAUGUUCAGGAUUGGUCUUGGCCGUAUCGAGAUGUGAAGCUGCGGAAUCGCCGUUACGACCUCUCACCUCGUACAGAGAUCUAUCUGAUCUCUUACCCGUUGCCUACCUUGGCUUGGCCGCCCUGUCAGAGUCCAAGGGGAGUUGAGUGGACGAGGCAAAUCCGCUUGGGGCAUAUUACAGGCGGCUGCGUUGAAUGACAUUCAUUCUCAUGUCCCUGACAGGUCUGCUUGGUCAAUUGCCUCGCCAAACGAACCAUAUUGUAAAUUAGCGCGGCAUCUUUGGCAACGGGCCGGUCCGACAAAGCUCUAAAUGCCCACUUUGACGACGUCUACAGUUGGGUCUUUGUUUGAUCUUACGGGUGGGCGAUAUGGGAUCGUAAUCAUCUUACUCCCUUCGAUA